AUGGAGGCCAUUGACGCGUCAACGACUGGCCCAAGCUCCAGUUCCAUCUCUUCACCCUCUAGUCCCCGCUCUGUUAAGCGACGGAAGCUGGACGAAGAUGUUGAAAUGUCUGAUACGCUCAUAUUGAGUUCAUCUCCAUUGACCGAACCAGAUGUAUAUGAAGAAGAAAAGUUAUCCCUAAAUCCUCUGCCCGAUUCAAUACUGCUACUCUCUAUGCCCUCAAUUCUGAUACACCCACCCAACCACCAACUGCACGCGCAUUCCCUAUGCAUGUCCCUGCUUGCUUUGAGAAGAUGCCUCAAGAUUCCAGGCCUAAGCCCCGAUAUUGAGUGUCGAGCACUGACAUCUCUGGCCGAAGUAGGAAUGAUAAUCAUCGACGGAGGAUUCAGCCAGCAGGAACUGCAUGUUUGGGCGAAUGGAAUCGAACCAGAGGUCGAGGAAGCCACUAGUAAAGGACUGAUGAUAGCGCAAAAACAUCCAAGUUUACGCAUAUAUCGCUCGCAACUGACUUUUCUUGCUGCCCAACUUGCCGUUUGGCAGAACAAUAUCAAAUUUGCACGAAUGCUUCUUCGUCGACUCCUAACCACCUAUUUGCCCAGCGACCCACCACAUAUUAUUUACACUGCUCAUCUCAAAUUGAUCUCGCAUUUGAUCACUCCAAUAGAUGCACAGACUCGACCUAACGCGAUGGCCCCCAACGGAUCCCCAACGAAGCUGUCACAGGAUGUCAGACAAACCAUGACCGCAAUACAAGCCAUGCAGAAACACGCAGCCAAGUACGGUCAUAACGGAGUCAUCCUCUUAACGCGUGUACUUCGUCUUCGACAGCUUGUGUCCUCUGGACUCUGGGAUCAAGUAAGCGAAGCAUUGGCUGAGACCGAGGAGGCUCUGGAACUCGAAUUCUCCAGCGAGCAAGAUCCAUCCACUGACCAACCUGCGGGUCAAUCUCUCCGCAAAGGUUUACGCGUCACAGAUCUCAAUACCGUUCACAUGAAUCCCCCUUCGCCGACAAAACAUUCCAUAAAUACGAAACCUUCGGAUACAACUGAAGUUCGGCCUUCCUCCGAGAGUGCCUCAGCACCGGCUCCUCCAUUAAAAAUGUUCAACACAUAUUUCGAGCGCAGUAUGGCACUACAUACCCUCAUUAUCGGGGUGGUCUUUUGCACUUAUGUCGGGAGGGUGUCUGAUGCUUCACAGAGAUUAGCCCACCUCCACGCCCUACUCGAUGCAGGUGCACUACGUUUUGACAAGAAACCCUCCAAUCCUGUAUCCACUUCAACAAUAACCUCUCCGGAAGCUUCUCCUUCUGCAGACGGCUCAAAUUCCGCCAAUACUACCAAUAUAGAAGCUACACUGCAGGAGACCCAGGAAAGCGAUGACGCUGCGUGCGGAAUUGUGCGAAUUGCCUUGUCUGGACCGUCGUUGCCUUUGUAUGUUCAGACAACACAUCCAAGAAUUCUUUACACCCUUGCGUUCUUGGUGUCGUGUGUAGCGAAAAAAGAUCCUGUUGGGAGAAGGCCAAAACGGAAAAUUUUUGCGGUCGAAGGCUUGUCGACAUGGGAAAGGGAAUUAAAGAAGGAAUUGAAUCUGCCCUCCUUCGCCAGCAUGGGCGACCUUGAAGGAAUAGAUUUAAGACUUGCAAAGAUCAAAGCAGACUUAAUGUGUGAGCUUGUAGGGGUAUCUAUUAUGCGUUCAGAAUUCGAUGCUGCUGAACAGACCCUCUCGGUGCUGAUAGCACACUUGCGAAACGCUGAUCUUUUCUCAUCCUUCGCCUGCCGCAUAACCUUGCACCAUGCACACUUGGCUCAUGCCAAAGGCCAAACAGACCGUGCUAUGCAAUGCUACGAAGCUGCGGAGGCUUUUGCCGAAGAACGUGGAGACGAUUUUGUUCGGGUCUCAGCUCGUGCAGGGAGGGCUUGUUUGAAAAUUGGCUUGAUCAGAGACAAGGAAUGCUCGAAGAAGGAAAGGGAAGAAGAGGCAAAACAAACAAAACGAAAGACUCGAGCGAAAAGCAGGGAGAGGAAAGUUGGUGAUGAGAACGCCAUGGAGGUAGACGAAGAUGCAGCGGUGGUCGAGCCAGAGACUCCUGUCGAAGAAUUUGAAGAUGUACAAAAAUUGGCUGAAGACGUUGUAGAGGCUUGUCGUGGGAUGGGCGGGACAAUGUGGAGUGUCGGCAGAGUCAUUGAAGCGUGUCUCACCGACGAAAUUCUGAAAUCAAAGCAACACCUUAAGUCUGCCUUAUCAUUCGCGUCUUCGGCAGGCGAUAAUCACCUCCGUGCACUGAUACUCGCGCUCGUUGCGUCGCACUACUUUCACACUGCCACAGACGAUGCUUUGGGCAUGCUUGCUAUGUGCGAGAAUCUCGCUGCCGGUCUUGGAGCAACCGUGAAACCUACAACUGGGACGAACGGUAAGGAGAAAAUUGGAGAUGCGAUUGGCAAUGCACCUUUGAGAAUCUGGGUCAGUGAUCGAAGCCUAGAAAUUUACAAGAGGACUGGAAAUGCACCCGCAGCGAGGAAACAGGAAGCUGCGAAUCGUGCAUUACAGAGCCUGAUACGAAAAUCAGAAAAACGACCUGCGAAGUAG